AUGCCAAGAUUCUGCCCAUUGACUGAGACACGGAGUCGGAAAAAUCUUAUGGGUGAUGAUUAUGGAAAUGCAUUAAGUGAUAAUGAUCUUCAAAAAUUUGUCGCGACAAAAGAACUUGAGAUUCAACUGGCUUCUCAAGUUCAUCAUUUGACUAAUGUCUGCUGGGACAAAUGUAUGGAUGGGCCAUCUGAUUAUAUUUCGAGUAAACAAACAACUUGUUUACAAAAUUGUUUAGCCAAAUGUACGAGAGCAUCGACAUUGUCAACCACAAUGAAUUGUCGUCAUUAUUCAAUAAAAUCAAACGUUUACAGCAGCUAUAACACAUUAUUUCAUCAGCGGCAACGAUCAAUUAUGAAGGAUAUUGUAGCUCGUUCGUCAAGUGCCACAGCACAAACACAUACGAAUGCUUAUCAAGAUUUGAGUUCAUUUUUGAAUAAAGAAAUCAAACUCGAGAAAGAGGCACAAAAACAUCCCAGUGAAAUGCCCAAUAUCGUAGGAUUUGAAGUGACAACAGACGGUUCAGAAGUGACAUUAACAAAAACGAAUGGUGAUGAGAAAAUAACUGUUAAAUUCAAUGUAACAAACACAGUUAAUACUGAGAAUGAUGAGCGUAGUGAUAGUCAUGAACAAGAAAUGUCGGGCAAUGAUACUCCAGAAACAGCUGAAUCAAUGUCAUCGACUCAGUUAAAAUCACGGCCAGAAUUUACUGUUGAUAUCAACCGUGGUAACCAGACAUUAUCAUUUUUAUGUUCAUAUUUACCUAAUGAGUAUCCUGAUUCGAUAACAAAUUCUCGGAAUAGAAAUCCUGGUGAAGGUGACAUGAAUCAUGAUUUAGAAACAAUGGCAGAAGAUUUUCAAAUUGAUGAAUUUACGGUGCAUGAUGGUGAAUGGAAAAAGACAACAUAUAGUACUGAUUGUUCAGUCAUCGACGGUGAACUGUAUGAUAAAUUAUUGAAUGUUUUAGAAGAACGAGGAAUUGGUGAACAAUUUGCUAAUCAAUUAAUGGAUUUUUCAACAGCACAUGAACAUAAACAAUAUAUCAGUUUAUUAGAGAAAUUACAACAGUUUGUUGAAAAAUAA